GGAGCACAGUAGCUGUGGAUAAUCAGAUCAGAUCGCCUCUGGUCCAAAGUCCAAACCCAACUCCCCCCGAUAAGCCCCUCUCUUAAAAGCAACGACGGCGGCCAUGCUCUCCGCCGCCGCCUCGGGCAUCCCCAGGCUCCGCUGGGCUGCGCCGCCGCGGCACACUUUGGCGAGGACCCAAUGGUUGCUCCUCUCCUCCUCCCCAACUAGAACGCCCGCCCCGGCGGCGGCGGGGCCGGGGGGACUGGAGCCGCCGGACCUUCCCCGCCUCGCCAAGUCUGCCCGUAUAUCUCUCUCACCGGAAGAGGCCGAGGAGUUCUCCCCCAAGAUUCAGCAGGUGGUUGAUUGGUUUGGGCAACUUCAAGCGGUUGAUCUUGAAUGCAUUGAACCUUCACUUAGAGCUGGUACUGCAGCGGGUAGUUCUUUGAGAGAAGAUAGGCCAGAACCAUUUGCUAACAGAGAUGCCAUAAUUGAGGCUCUUCCGAGUUAUGAUGAUCCAUACAUCAAAGUACCGCGAGUGCUCAACAAAGAAUGACCUGUAAUCUGUAGAUCAAAAUUCUGAUAAGUUAAAAUUCCUCUGUACAAGAAGGCAUGUUGAAACAACGGAACCUGCGAAACAUUGAGUGAGCAAUCAGCAAGCUGAGUUAAGUUCGGCAUUCUUUCGACUUAAUGGUAUGAUUCAAGGAUUCAAAUAACAUAUUUGGAAUAGUUGCAGCAGAAAAUCCAUGUUUUAAUGCGCUAA